AUGAACUUCUCACCAUACCAGCCGCCGCCCGACCAGCACGCUGAUGAGGACACUGGUUUUGGGCGGAAAGCCAACAAGGGAAAGAAGCCGUGGUUCAGCCGCGACUCGUCAUACUCGUCAUACCAGGCUGGCGGGUCCACGUCUGACCCAACGGUCCAGGCUCAGGCCUACAGCAACGACGUCGAGUCACAGGCGUACGCGUACGGAAACGGGGGGCAUUCGGGGGCUAGUGCCAGCGAGGACCGCGUCAACGCGUGGGAGAGCCGGUUCGGGUGGCGGAUCGACAUGAUGGCUGCGGCGGCGUACCUCGGUGGGCCGCUGUCAGCGUUGCUCCUGCUGAUCCUCGAGACUCAGAACGACUAUGUGCGCUUUCACGCCUACCAAUCCGCCCUCCUCACAACCCCAAUCCUCACCUUUAUCCUCAUCACCAACCUCCUCCUCCCUUUCCCUGCGUUCCUCAAGACGCUGAUCGUGUUGGCCGGCGUCGGUGCGGCACUGUAUUCCGCAUACCGGGCCUACAAGGACGCGCAAGAGGGGCUGAACCGGUACUGGCUUCCCUACAUUGGCGAAUACGCAGAGCGGUGGGUGAACGAGGAGUAG